AUGGAAGCCCUCAAGUCACGAUUCCCGGAAUUGACGUUCCUGCCGCUUUUGGCUCCAAGCAGCCAUCCCCACUAUAUCUACCGCCCAUUCAAUCCCUCGACCCAGGUACUCAGUGCUGGGCAUGCAAAAGAUCCCAGCCGUCGCCAAUUCCGCGUCGACACGUUCUUUGAGAAAGAUGUGGCUGUUGAGAUGCGGGAUAAGGCCAAGUUGUACGCUGAUGUUUUCCGACCCACCGACUCAGAUGGCAACAACAAAGUCCCUGCUGUGAUUCUCUGGAGCCCUUACGGUAAAGAUGGCGGUGCCCAGACAUAUGAAGAGAUGGGUCCAUUCCGCUGUGGCGUGCCCCUUAGGACGACCUCCGGCUACGAGAAAUUUGAGGGACUCGAUCCGGCGGACUGGUGUGCCAGGGGAUACGCCAUUGUCAACAUUGAUGCAAGAGGAGCGGGAGACUCAGAUGGUGACCUUGCAUUCUGGGGAGAGCAAGAGGCGAUGGACAUGUUUGACACUGUUACAUGGGCCUCGAAGCAGCCUUGGAGCAACGGCUCUGUUGUGUUCGCCGGUAACUCCUGGUUGGCGAUGGCUCAACUCAACCUUGCAUCCAGGUUCAGCCAUCCUGCACUGAAGGCACUCGCUCCAUGGGAGGCGUCAACAGACCCAUACCGUGACACAAUAGGCCGUGGUGGAGUUCCUCGACCUCACUUUAUGCGGAUGAUCUGCAGUGGUCUUGCUGGGAAGAAUCGCGUUGAGGACGCUGCGUCAAUGUUUGCACUUCACCCCCUGUGUGACGAAUACUGGGAAAGCAAGGUGGCAAGGAUAGAGAAGAUUGAUGUGCCACUGUACCUCACGGCAUCGUAUUCAACCGGGCUGCACUCUCGGGGCUCGUUCGACACCUUCCGGCGAGCCAAGACUUCCUCUAAAUGGUUGCGGGUACACCCCUACCAGGAAUGGUCGGAUCUCUACCGACCGGAAGUCAAUGAUGAGUUGCAAGCGUUCUUCGACAAGUAUUGUAAGGGGUUAGACACCAACUGGGAAUCGACGCCUCGGUUUCGACUGUCUUUGAUUGGGUUCGAAGGAAGUCCAGCAAAGACGGUCGUGGAGCGCCCCGAAAAGGCUUGGCCAAUCCCUGGCACCGAAUAUCGCACGUACUUCCUCGACGGGGGGUCCCAGGCUCUGUCGCUAUCCAAGCCGGCGACGGAAUCGGUCGCGAGCUACGAUGGGCAUCAUUUGACAGACUGCACCGACUUUUCGGUUCGCUUUGAUACUUAUACAGAGCUCGCGGGUUACCCUGUUGCCAAGCUUUGGAUGUCUUGUGACGAGCACGACGACAUGGACGUGAAUGUUCAAAUCCGGAAAAUCGCCGCGGAUGGCACUGCUCUCAAGAGCCUCAACUUCCAAUGUCCGGUCCCGGAGCCCGAGGUGCCAGAUACAAACGUCGUCAAGUUCUUGGGUCCUGAUGGUAUGCUCCGGGCAAGCCACCGUGUGUCCAAGACAGUGGUGGACGGGAUAUUGGACUACACACACGACAAGGCCGAGAAGGUCGCACCCGGGCAGAUUGUUGAGCUAGAGAUUCCAAUCUGGCCAAUUGGCAUGGUCUUCGAGGCCGGCGAGGGUAUCUUGCUGAGAGUUGCCGGUCACGACUUGCGACUGCCCGAGGUCGAGUUCCUGAAGUCGGAUGUUCCACUGGAUGAGAACAAGGGGCGGCACAAGAUUCACACGGGAGGAAAGUGGGACAGCUCACUCGUGGUGCCGGUGAUUGCGGAGGGCAAAAAGGUUCAGUAG